CGUCAAACCCAAGCAAAAUUAAAAUUUCGAAAUCCAAAAUAUAUAAAAUGCCCAUAAAUUUAGAUUCACUGUAAUGAUUCAGAUUUUCGGAGAGACUUUACUGAAAUUUGGAGAAAUCAAAAUAUCUCUCUCUCUCCCCUUUCUCUGUCGCUAAUGCCGGCGUAGAUCCCAAUCUGCAAUUUCCCUUUUCCGGUCGAGAUCCCCCCAAUUGAGCUGCGAGCUCUGAAACUUGUUUUACUCAUUCGUCAGAUCGAAUCCAGAAGAAUGGGGGAUUCGUCGCCACCGUAUAGAUUUCGAGGGAGAUCAUUCGCUGUUCACGUUUUCUUCUCAUUUCUUCUAUUCAUAUCUCUCUCCGUUCCCCUAAUUUCUGCUCAGGAGAAUGGAAGUGACGAGUCGAGUGCUGCAAUUAAGGAUCUGGGCCGGCGUAGUAAAAUGUUUGUGGACAAAAUCAAGACCGGAAUCAACGAAAAAAAUGAUGAUGAUUCUUUUGGCGUGGAUGUGGACUCUGGCCUUGGAAUCUUUGAUGGUUUCAUUGCAAGUUUAUCGAUGAUACUUGUCAGUGAGAUUGGAGAUGAAACGUUCAUCAUUGCAGCUCUCAUGGCUAUGCGGCACCCAAAGUCGAUUGUUCUAUCAGGUGCACUCAGUGCCUUGUUUGUGAUGACGAUACUUUCAACUGGUCUUGGUAGGAUUGUUCCAAACCUGAUAUCGAGGAAACAUACCAAUAGUGCAGCUACAGUUCUCUAUCUCUUUUUUGGUCUCCGACUACUUUACAUUGCGUGGAAAUCUGACCCAAAAGCUUCCCAGAAGAAAGAAAUUGAGGAAGCAGAAGAGAAACUUGAAUCUGGACAAGGGAAAUCAACUUGGCGACGCUUCUUUUCUAGAUUUUGUACACCAAUCUAUCUAGAGUCAUUUAUACUGACAUUUUUGGCGGAGUGGGGCGAUCGCAGCCAGAUAGCAACAAUUGCUCUAGCCACACAUAAGAAUGCGGUGGGAGUUGCUGCAGGAGCUACCAUAGGGCACACCAUUUGCACGUCUGUGGCAGUGAUCGGCGGAAGUAUGCUGGCAUCUAAGAUUUCACAGCGCACCGUUGCUACAGUUGGGGGGUUGCUUUUCCUGGGCUUUUCCUUGUCCUCAUAUUUCUACCCUCCUCUAUGAUGCUCAAAGUUUUGUAGAUUAACUUGAUUGAUAUGCUCGCCUGCCUAGUGAUCAUCAUUAUUCCAGGAAAUGUUAACAAGGAAUGACAUUGUUGGGCUUAUAUUUUUCAUUUUAUUUUUUGUAUAGAUUGGAAGUAGUAUGUUUUUCCAAUCUUUGACACCAAUUUCAAAUUCAUUAUUAAUACAAUAGAUUACAAGUUACCCACGAAA